GGUAAACGUCGAUUGACAGAGUGAAAAGAAGGGAAUUAUUUUCAGAUCCUACCCAUCAGUCAAAAAAUAUAGACAGCAAAGUGUAGUGAAAAUCCGAAGAUCUCAAAGUUUGUGUUUUUGGAAAGUGAAUAAAAACUCGCAUUUCUGUACUGUGCCAUACGCAGGUGUGUUCUUGGAGUUAAUUCGAAGAUCCAACUAGAGUCAAAAUGGGAAAUGAAACAUCCUUGCCCAUGGAAUUAUGCUCAAACUUCGACGCCGAUGAAAUCCGUCGUUUGGGAAAGCGCUUCAAGAAACUCGAUCUGGAUAAUUCCGGCGCGUUGAGCAUCGAUGAGUUCAUGUCCCUGCCGGAGCUGCAGCAGAACCCCCUGGUUCAGCGUGUCAUAGACAUCUUCGAUGCGGACGGAAACGGCGAGGUCGAUUUCAAGGAAUUUAUCCAGGGCGUCUCGCAGUUCAGUGUCAAGGGCGAUAAGCUAUCCAAGCUGAAGUUUGCCUUCCGAAUAUACGACAUGGACAACGAUGGCUUCAUCUCCAACGGGGAAUUGUUUCAGGUGCUAAAAAUGAUGGUCGGCAACAACCUGAAAGAUACUCAGCUGCAGCAGAUAGUUGACAAGACGAUUGUGUUCGCCGACAAGGACGAAGACGGCAAAAUCUCGUUCGAAGAGUUCUGUUCCGUGGUCGGCAAUACCGACAUACACAAAAAGAUGGUCGUCGACGUCUAAAGUACACACACACACAGACACACACACACCCAUAAUUAUAAGCAUAUACUGAUAUAUACAUAAACAAAACAAAAAACACACUUUUACUUGCUAGCAAAGAAAUUAUCUAAUUUAUUAAGUAAAGUAAAACAGAAAAAAAAAACAAGCAAGAGUGUAUGUGAACGUUGCAUCUGAUGAAAACAGGAAAACACAAAUGUUGUAUUUUUUUAGUUGUUUCUAUGUUGUCCACUAUCGAUUUUCCCUGAUCAUUGUAUGAAAUUGUAUUAACAAGAGUAAAGCAUAGGGAAUAAGAUCUAUCUUAUUUGAGAAAGAUUUAAAACUAAACGUGCGCUUGUUUUAGGAAAAUACCCCUUUUCCCUCACGAAAUCACUGAACCCGGAUAACAUUUGGUGCAUUUGGUUAUCGUAGCACCUACUUAUUUAUUAUUUAUGUAUUGAUGAUUCCCUCUCUCUUUCUCCCUCCCUUUUGCGUUUGAAAAAGAAACAUUAAAAAAAAACUGUGCAAGAUAAAAAAUUUACCAUAAAAGUGUGCAAUUCAAAGGCAUUGCUAACUAUUUUAACAUGCGAAUCUUAAGGCAAUAUAUUUAAUAUAAAAAAAGAUAACAUACGGCUCUUCUAACUGUCACACGGACCACUACCAGCACAUUGAACGAAAACAAAUGAGAAAAACCCUAUUGGACUAUCGCUGUAAGUACUUAAUGGAAAGAAAAUGAAAACAACAAGCUAAAGCAAAUCAAAAGCAUCAUCAAUUACUAUUAUACACACAACACACCCAUGUAUCGUCAUCCAGAAAAGAAAACAAAAACAAAUGUGAAAUGCAAAUUGAGUAUAGAAUAAUUUCCAACUUUAUUUGUCAUAGACUUGAGUAAGGGCAGUUAAGAGCAAAGCAUAUAGAUAUUUAACAACUUAUUGCCACUGUUAGAGAUUAUAUCGUAUCGUAAAUGUCUAGCUAAUUUUUCCCCAAAUUUAAUUGUACAUGCAAACUAAGUAAUGAAUGGAUAAAA